AUGAGACUCUUUGAAAAGACUUUCGUUUUUGACAGUGACUGGGAAACCGUUACGUCGGCGUUUUGGACCAAGUACCCGAACGAGUUGCAGCCUCACGUGCUGCGCGUCGAUACACUCGAUGUUGACAUUGAUCCAGAGAAGCAGGAGUUCGCGACUCGGCGUCUCCACUCUCUGAAGUACUGCGUUCCCAGAUGGAUGGAGUGCUUUUUUGGCGGCUCCUCGCCGGUUGGCUUCGGCCUGGAGGAGGCGUACUGUUCUCUCCCUGACAAGACGCUCCACCUCAAGUCAAGAAACUACACAUUCGCCUCUUUUUUCCGCGUGGACGAGGAGUGUACAUACACCCCACAUCCGACCGACCCAUCGCGGACGCUCUACAAGCAAACAGCCACCUACAAAGUGUUCGGCCUAGGCGCGGCAAUCAAUCGCGCGUUAGAGCGAGCGGCGGUUCGCUCGGCGGAAGAGAAAUCCAGUGUAGGGUUCUCUGUAGUUCAGUCGCGCGCGUCUUCGCUCGAGGAGCAAGGCUGGUGGAGGCGCCAGUGUGCCGCGUGCAUUCACUCUCUUGAAGCCGCCGCUGUCAACGCCACGCAGCACUACCGAGAUCUUGUCCGACAUGUCGAAGAGUCUCUUCAUAUUUCCCUCUGUGCCCCGUCCACGCCGCCGCUUUCGUCGACUCUGAGUCUCGACCGCUUCGGCUCCUCGCCGCUCCUGGAGCCUUCGCUGUUUGCUGCGUGCGCCAUGUCCGCUUCUGCGAAACGCUUUCUUCUCUGUCGUCCGUCUCCUCCCUUUUCCCUCCCUCGAAAUGACUCAUCUUCGUCUCUCUUCUCCUCCUCUCUCUCAGCCCUCCGUUCCCCUCUUGCCUCACCGGCAAUGCCACCAUCGCUAAAGGCCCUCCUCCCUGCGUCUCCGCUUUCUCCCUCUUCCUCUCCCGAUCCGAAUGUCCCUCCUUCCCCAUCUCCCUCUUCUCCUUCUCUCUCUUCGUCUGCUCCGUCAUCGACUGCUGUGGACUCGACCGCGGAGAGCGGCGAGCCGCGGGGCGGCGCGAGGUCAGGAGACACUGACUGCGCCUGUCUCCGCCCAGCCCCCGGCGGAACGGCGCCGUUGAGCACCUCGGAGUGGAGACGCCGGCAGCAGGAAGAACGGGCGAGAGAGGCGCACCGAAAAGGGAUAACGCAGACGUUUGCCCUUUCCGGCGAGGCGGCGCGACCCGCGUUUCCAGCGUCAGAAGAGAGCAUGGGGGCGGCCGAUCCGGGAAGCUCGAGGGAGGCCGGAGGCGUAGGGCGAGCGUCGGAAGAAGGGAACGCAGCGAACCGGGUGACAGGAAGAACGUUUGGCGAGCGAAGCUAUGCCUGGUCUCGGGACGCACAUACUCCGGCUCUGCGCCCUGAGACAGGAGCUUCAAAGGCGACUCACGUCUGA